UGAACCUUGCUGUUCCAUAGUAUUUUUUCAAUCAGAUGAAGAUCAUGUUUGAAAUAAUCUUGUCAUGGAAGUGUUAGUGUUAACAUGCAUGUAUAGGUGCAUGGUUAGUAUUGAUGCGAUAAGUCUUUGUACCGUUGGUCUUUGUGGUCCUUGGCACGGUGGUCUUGUUGCUCCAACUAGGACAACAUCUUAGACUAGCUUUUAGGACAGCAUCUAGGACAGCAUCUUAGACUAGCUUUUAGGACAGCAUCUAGGACAGCAUCUUAGACUAGCAUCUAGGACAGCAUCUUAGACUAAGCAUCACUAGCUUUUAGAUUAGCAUCUUAGACUAGCAUAUUGGCAUAUGCUUAGCUGCCUCGGCCAGCUAUAAAUAUGUAGCCCCAACCCCUUAGGUUGGCAUUGCAUUGUGUGAGAAGUAAACCAGAAAAUUGCCCCAACUCCUGAUGCCAUCCUCUCGAUGAGAGUAAGAGUUUCGAUACUAACAAUUGGUAUCAGAGCCGUUCUAUCCUGUAUCUUAAACAUCUCGUGCUCAUCUCCUUCCCACGCCUCCCUUAGUCCUCAGCCGGGAGCAGGAACACCGGCUGUGCCUGCUCACCCCUCUUCCCCUGCGCAGACGGGCAGCAGCUCGUCUGAGGCAGCCUCCUCCCCAUGCAGCAGCCCCCCACUAGCGCGCCAUGUCCGAAGGAUAGUCUCAGCGCUCGGUCGCCUCGAGCGCGUGGCACCGGCAGGAGGCCGAGCUCGCCGCGGCAGAGCAACACGAGCGAGUGGCGGCAGAAACCGCUGCGAUAGCGGUGAGGGCGUCAAGGCUGGCGGCGGAGGAACUGGCAGCAGCAAGGGCGGAAGUGGAAGCAGCAGCGGCGGCGGAUGCAGCGCGUGCGGCGCAGUGGAGCUCAAGGCUCUACGCGGCAGUAGCAUCAGCAGCUCUGCCUCUGCCGACGAUGACACCGACGUGGAACUCAAGCAGGCGAGGGAAGCAGCGGGAGAGCGGGCGGCGCAGUGGGCAGCCGAUCACCCCCACGGGCGCGGUGGCGGCAGCCCAGACGGGCUUGGACGAGUCGGCAGCACUUCUAGCAGGGACGCGCGCGGCGGCCGCGCUCCUGGCGGCAGCGGCCGGGUCGACAGAGAUCGCGGACCUUACAGGCGGCGCUGCUCUCCCUCCCCGGACCGGCGCCAUGGUCACAACAGGAUCCAGGUGGUUGUCAGGGACAUUGGCCCCGGCGGUGGGUGGCCUACCCUCACCAAGACCAACUAUGUCGAGUGGGCCGCGGUGAUGAGGGUAAGGCUCCAGGUGCGGCACAUGUGGGAGGCAGUUCGGUACUUCGACGUCGACUACGACGAGGAUCGACGGGCGCUGGAUGCCAAGGAGGCCUGGGACGCCAUCGCUGCGGCACGCAUUGGUAGCGACCGCGCCCGCGGCCCGCAAGUCCACACUGCAUGCACUUCGCAAGGAGUGGGAGAAUCUGGCCUUCAAGCCAGGUGAGGAUGUUGAUGACUUUGCUCUCCGCCUCAACACUCUGCUGCAGAAGAUGGUGCAGUACGGCGAUGACACCUACGAUGAGGAGAGAGCUGUUGAGAAGCUCUUUCGCUGCGUCCCCGAGAAGUACAAGCAGAUAGCUCGCUCGAUCGAGUCUCUGCUGGACCUCUCCACGAUGUCGAUCGAGGAGGCAAUAGGUCGCCUCAAGGUCGUCGACAGCGAUGAGCCGCAGCCUCUCUCGGGGCCUAUCACUCGGGAACAGUGGGAGGCCUGCCAGGGUGACGGGAGGAGGGUUCCCCACUCCUCCUCGACAGGCGGCCGCAGGCGUGGCAAGCCGCGCAAGGCGCGCGGAGACGCCUAGGCCGGGGUGCGAGGACUCGCCUGCGCGCACAAGCCGGCACGAGACGACGCUUGCCACAACUGCGGCACGGUUGGCCAUUGGGCCAGGGACUGCCGACAGCCACGACGCGGCCAGGCCCACAAUGCACAGGUGGAGGAGGAGCCAACUCUGCUCCUGUCACACGCAAGCAUUGAGCUACCUCCAGCGGCAUCGGCCGCAGCGGCGCUCCUCCACCUUGACGAGCCGAGGGCACACGCCUUUCUCGGCGACGCCUCCAACAACGACAAGACUGACGGGUGGUGCCUCGACACCGGCGCCACCCAUCACAUGACCGGACGGCAGGAGUUCUUCACCGAGCUUGACUCCAGCGUCCGAGGCUCCGUCAAGUUUGGGGAUGCCUCCGGCGUGGAGAUAAAGGGGGUCGGCUCUGUCAUCUUCACCGCCGAGUUUGGUGAGCACAAGCUGCUCACCGGAGU